CAUGCCGCCCCCCGGGACCCUGCUGCCGCUGCUGCUGCUCGCCCUGCCGCCCGCCCGCGCCUUCAACCUGGACGUGGCCGAGCCGGCGCUGUUCCGCGGAGCCCCGGGCAGCCUCUUCGGCUUCGCCGUGGAUUUCUACCUCCCGGAGCCCCAGAGCAGUAUCAGCAUCCUCGUCGGAGCUCCCAAGGCCAACACAAGCCAGCCCAAUGUCACGCAGGGCGGGGCCGUCUACUACUGCCCCUGGCACCAGGGCAACAGCAGCUGCACCCCUAUUGAAUUUGACCAGACAGGGUCCCGCCAACACGACUUCAGUGGGAAUGGCACAGACGGGCUGACACCGGUGGAGUUCAAAUCCCUGCAAUGGUUCGGAGCGACAGUGCGGUCCCACGGCAGCUCCAUCCUGGCUUGCGCCCCCCUGUACAGCUGGCGCACCCUCAAGGAAGAAUCUGGCCGAGACCCAGUUGGCACCUGCUACCUGUCUGUCGGCAACUUCACCAAGUUCGUGGAGUAUUCGCCCUGCCGCUCAGAUCUGAACUCAGCGGCUGGGCAGGGUUACUGCCAGGGUGGCUUUAGCGCUGAGUUCACCAAGACGGGGCGAGUGCUGCUGGGAGGCCCUGGAAGCUAUUUCUGGCAAGGCCAGGUGAUCUCAGCCACCCAGGAGCAGAUCAAGGAGGCCUAUUACCCCGAGUAUUUAAUCCUGGACACCCAGGGGCAGCUGCAGACACGCCAGGCUGCCCCCAUCUAUGAUGACAGCUAUCUGGGAUAUUCUGUGGCCGUUGGUGAGUUCAGCGGGGAUUCCACUGAAGACUUUGUGGCUGGCGUUCCCAAGGGAAACCUGACCUAUGGCUACGUCACUGUCCUGAAUGGAUCAGACAUGAAAUCCCUGUAUAACUUCUCUGGAGAGCAGAUGGCAGCUUACUUCGGCUACGCAGUGGCUGCUGCUGACGUGAACGGUGACGGCCUGGACGACCUGCUGGUGGGUGCCCCGCUGUUCAUGGAGAAGACAGAGGACGGGCGGGUGCAGGAGGUGGGCAGAGUCUACAUCUACCUGCAGCAGCCCCACGGCAUGGAGCCCAAUGCCUCCAUGGUGUUGACCGGGCACCAGGAGUUCGGCCGGUUUGGGAGCACCAUUGCCCCGCUGGGAGACCUGGAUCAGGAUGGCUAUAACGACGUUGGCAUUGGGGCUCCCUUCGGCGAGGACGCGCAGCAGGGCACGGUGUACGUGUACAAUGGCCAGGCAGGCGGGGUGAAAGCCCAGCCCUCCCAGGUCCUGCAGGGGCACUGGCCGCACAGCCACUCGCCCGACUUCUUCGGGUUCGCCCUCCGCGGAGCCAAGGACCUGGACGGAAAUGGCUACCCAGACCUGAUUGUGGGCGCAUUCGGAGUGGACACGGCCGUGGUGUACCGAGGCCGCCCCAUCGUCUACGCCAGUGCCUCCCUCAACAUUUUCCCCGCCAUGUUCAACCCUGAAGAGCGAUCCUGCACGCUGGAGGGCACCGACACCCACGUGGCCUGCAUAAACCUGAGCUUCUGCCUCAACGCCUCAGGGAAGCACGUGCCUGACUCCAUCGGGUUCACUGUGGAGCUGCACCUGGACCACCUGAAGCAGAAGGGGGCCGUCAAGCGGGCGCUGUUCCUGCACUCCCGCCAGCCCCACCUGGCGCAGACCAUCCAGGUGCACAACGGCGCCCUGGAGGAGUGCACGGAGAUGAAAAUCUACCUCCGAAAUGAGUCGGAGUUCCGCGACAAGCUGUCCUCCAUCCACGUGGCGCUGAGCUUCGGCCUGGACCCACAGGCCCCAGCAGACGCCCACGGGCUGCAGCCCAUCCUCAACUACCUCACCAAGAGCUACAUCGAGCGGAAGGCCCAGAUCCAGCUGGACUGUGGUGAGGACAAUAUCUGCGUCCCCGAUUUGCAGCUUGAUGUCUUUGGGGAGCACAGCGUGGUGUACCUGGGGGACAAGAAUGCCCUGAACCUGACCUUCAAUGCCCGCAAUCGUGGGGAGGGUGGCGCCUACGAAGCCGAGCUCUACGUCAUCCUGCCCGCUGAGGCCGACUACUCUGGGGUGAUCCGCAACCAUGGGAACUUCACCAAUCUGAGCUGCGCCUACAACUCGGUGAACCGGACCCGCAUGGUGAUCUGUGACCUUGGCAACCCCAUGAAGUCGGGCACCAGUCUCUGGGGGGGCCUGCGCUUCACCGUCCCCCAUCUUCGUGACAAGAAGACCAUCCAGUUUGAGUUCCAGAUCCGGAGCAAGAACGAGAACAACUCCCACAGUGAAGUGGUGGCGUUCCCGCUCCGCGUCGAGGCCUCCGCCAGGGUCUCCUCCCACGGGGUCUCCAAGCCUGAGGCCGUGUCCUUCCCCGUCUCGGGCUGGAAGCCUGCCAGGAGUCCGGAGAAGGAGCAGGAUGUGGGCCCCGAGGUGCAGCAUGUGUAUGAGCUGGUGAAUGAGGGUCCCAGCACCAUCAGCCACGGGGUCCUGGAGCUGAGCUGCCCUAUGAGCUUCCAAGGGAAACCGGUGAUGUACGUGACUCGCUACUCAGUGCCGGCCAACUGCACCUCCAGCCAGCCCGUCAACCCACUGAAGCUGCAGCUGGAGAAGAGUCCCACCACCUCUCCCAGCCUGGAGCAGCAUUACCUGCAGAGACGGGAUGCGGCACGGAGCAGUGGGGCCUCCGGGAGCCCCCACACCCUGAAGUGCCCUGAGGCUGAGUGCUUCCAGCUGACCUGUCAGGUGGGGACGCUGCAGAGGCAGCAGCGGGUCAGCCUUUGGCUUUACUUCCGGAUAUGGGCCAAAACUUUCCAGCAGAAAGAGAACCAGCCCCAGGCCCUGCAGUGCGAGGCCGUGUACCAGGUCCACAGGAUGCCCUACAAGAUCCAGCCCCAGGAUUACCCCAGUGAGGCCUUAAAGGUGUCCACGGCGAUUCAGUGGGUGAAACCGGAGAGCAGCCACGGGGUCCCGCUGUGGAUCAUCAUCCUGGCCAUCCUGCUGGGGCUGCUGCUGCUGGCACUGCUCAUCUACGUGCUGUACAAGCUGGGGUUCUUCAAACGCUCCCUGCCCUACGGCACGGCCAUGGAGAAGGCUCAGCUCAAGCCACAGGCGGCCUCAGAGGCAUAGUGGGGCCAGGGCCGCCCAGCUGCUCUGCGUGUCUGGGCUCUGUCUGUCUGUCUGUCUUGUUUGCUUUUGCUGGCGUGGCCGCCUCGGAGCGGCAUCGGGGAGGGGCGGCGCGGCCUGGCACAGCAAGGACGGACCGCUCCCAGCAAGCUCGCCAGUGGGGCAGAGACGGACCCAAGGAAGCCCCCACCGUGGGGGGCCAUGAGCUGAGCCCCCAGGACUUCAGCAGCAACUGGAGAACGCCCUGCCUGCUCUGUGCCCACAGGGGUGGCAUCUCUGCCUCCCCUCGGCACCAGACCCCGGCAGCCGCCCACUGCCCUCGGCGGGCGCCCCAGCAGGUGAGAUGCUGAGGGCUGCGCUCUCCAGCCACGGGCAAUACUUGAAGGCUGCUGGGAGGCCCUGCUGGGCUCUGCGGAGCCGUGGACUCCUCCCGCGGCACAGCGUGACGUGCCGUCCCUCUGUCCGGCCGGCCGGGGCUGGCACAGGGUCAUGGAGUCUGAACUGGACAGUUUACAAGCUGCCCGUCCACUCAGACAUGCCGGAGCUAGGCCGGAUAAGCACAAUCGCCCCAUGCAGCCACUGCCAUGGAGCUGGGUGGGACUUCCUGCCUUCCCCAGCCCACUUCCUGUCUGAGGCAGCUCCCCCGAGGACAUGAUGGACACUUCCAGCCAGGGGUUCUCGGGGUCACACUCAGCGAUGCCAAAGAUUGCAGCAUAGGAAGCCAAAGCCAUGGCCCGCCAGCUGCGCCUGCACCAGCCCUGAGCUCACAGCCCAGCAGUGGGGCAGGGUGGCCCCGGGGCUGCGGCCAGGAUUCUGGGCUCUAAUUUAAAGUCUCUCCAAGUGCAAUAAACCCUUCGACGUCAGUA